AUGGAGCGGAUGACGCAGGACUCCCUUUUUGAGCCGCCGUCCAAAAUAUGCCGCUCCUCCUCGGAAAGCAUUCAACCCGCAAAAAGAGAGCAGGAUCGUAAUGCGAAGCUGGAAAAGAUGCGGACACUUGAGCAGCAGAUAAUGUAUGAUAAAGCGAAGACGGAGUGGGACCGGAUGAUGCACGAAACUCGUGGCGCUGCUGCCGCUCCUUAUAUGCCUCCUAUGAUGCCAAACUGUUCCUCACAGGCUGUAGCACCAGCUCCUCAGUACCCGUGUUUUGCAAAUCCGGACACAGGCGUGAUGAUGCAGGAGAGCUGUAGACGGCCUGUUUGUCCGCAGCAAAUGCCACCGGCACCACCACCACCACCAGCAGCAGCAGCGGAGCCGGCAUCGUCAGUGCCGCCGAGCCUACCUAUGAUGGUCUCGUUGCCACAGACAUCUGCACACAGCAUGCCAGCAUCGCAGCCGCUUAGGCCCUCUCUCAAUCCGUCUGGCUGUGGUGUGCAGUACGCACCACAUAAUGGCUUCAUGUAUUGUCCUUAUCCACAAAAUGUGUACCCUCCCGCUCCUCAGGGUUAUCAUUCCGCCAUUUCGUCGCCAUAUUUCCCCUCCAGCUUCCCUGCUGACGGUGCUGCACCUCAACAGUCCAGAGAUUACGGCAUGUAUCAGCAGGGAAUGCGAACGAUGUGUCCGCCUGAAAAACUGGGAUGCGAAAUGUGGGGUCGGCAGCUAACGCCUGCCAAUGAAUUCGACAAUAGGUUCCCGAAUCAAAAAUUGCAGUAUCAUCCCAAUGGCGCAAUUAUGGAUGAAAAAAUGAUGGACGCGGUUGCCGCUAGUACAAAUCCAAUGUUCGCCUAG